GUGCGGAACUCCACACGUGUGGUGUGCGUUUUCCGAUUUGGUGUAUGCAGCAGAGCUUUGAGAGUUCAUAGCGUCCCUAAGUAUAUAGUAUAUUAUUAUAUCUUGCGUCUUGUAGCUCCUUUUAUACUAAGAGGAUAAAAAUAAUCCUCCGUGAAGCACUUCGCCGAGAGGGACGGAAUACCAGAAAAAAACUAAACAAUGACUGAACCUCAAGUGAACCCAAAGGCCUACCCUCUGGCCGACGCCACGCUGACCAAAACCAUCCUGGACCUGGUGCAGCAAGCCUCUAACUACAAACAGCUCAGGAAGGGGGCUAAUGAAGCCACUAAAACUCUGAACAGAGGCAUUGCUGAGUUUAUAGUGAUGGCUGCUGAUGCCGAACCACUGGAGAUCAUCCUCCACUUGCCACUGCUCUGCGAGGACAAGAACGUCCCAUACGUGUUUGUCCGCUCCAAGCAGGCCCUGGGCCGGGCUUGCGGGGUGUCGCGCCCCGUCAUCGCUACCUCAGUCACCAUAAAGGAGGGGUCUCAGCUCAAACCUCAGAUCCAGUCUGUCCAGAUGGCCAUUGAGAGACUGCUUGUGUGAUUCUCACUUGUUUUUUUUUAUUAAGGAGAGAGGAUGAGUCCUACAUUCGAAUAAUAUUAUGUUCCAUUAAAAAAAGAGAAAAUGCACAACAGGAAAAUGUAGGUGUUGUUAAUUUUUUUACUUGUUAGGAUAUUGGUUUCACUUGAGUGUAUCGGUUGGCAAGAUUAUCACCUGCUUCAUAAUAAAAUACUUUUUUAUGUAAA